CACCGCGUCGAAGAGAAAGCUGUGUGCGAAUGUUCAAGUGUCGUGUUGUUUCUUUAGCACAGCGCAGCAGCUCAGUCAGCUCACUUACAUGCUGAAUUACCGUUACGUUCGCUGAGUUAACUCGCAGACAUGGCUGGAAGCGCUGGAGAAUGGUGCCUCAUGGAAAGUGACCCGGGGGUUUUCACAGAACUGAUAAAAGGCUUUGGAUGCAAAGGAGCACAAGUUGAGGAGAUAUGGAGCAUGGAGCCAGAGAACUUUGAAAAUCUCAAACCGGUUCAUGGCUUAAUUUUCCUCUUCAAAUGGCAACCUGGUGAGGAACCAGCUGGGUCCAUUGUACAGGACUCGAGACUUGACCAGAUCUUUUUUGCCAAGCAGGUCAUUAACAAUGCUUGUGCAACGCAAGCGAUUGUCAGCGUGCUGCUGAACUGCUCACAUCCUGACAUGCACCUGGGUGAAACACUGACAGAGUUCAGAGAAUUCUCUCACAGUUUUGAUGCUGCAAUGAAGGGUCUUGCUCUCAGUAAUUCUGAAGUGAUACGACAGGUUCACAACAGCUUUGCCAGACAGCAGAUGUUUGAGUUUGAUGCUAAGUCAUCAUCUAAAGAUGAAGAUGCUUUUCAUUUUGUGAGCUACGUGCCUGUUAAUGGUAGACUUUAUGAACUGGAUGGACUUCGUGAAGGACCUAUUGACCUAGGUGCUUGCAACCAGGAUGACUGGAUUAGUGCAGUUCGGCCAGUAAUUGAGAAAAGAAUACAGAAAUACAGUGAAGGUGAAAUCCGUUUCAACUUGAUGGCCAUUGUGUCAGACCGCAAGAUGAUUUAUGAGCGUAAAAUUGCAGAGCUACAGGCCCAGUUAUCAGAGGAAGAGCCAAUGGACACAGACCAGGGCGGAAAUCUCCUCAGCUCCAUCCAGUCAGAAAUCGCCAAGUUCCAACUCCUGAUUGAGGAGGAAAAUCAGAAACUUAAAAGAUACAAAAUUGAAAACAUUAGAAGGAAGCACAACUACCUACCCUUUAUCAUGGAAUUACUGAAGACCCUUGCUGAGUAUCAACAGCUGAUCCCACUGGUUGAAAAGGCUAAAGAAAAGCAAAGUGCCAAAAAAAUUCAAGAAGCAAAGUAGUAACACCACAUUUUCAGUCAUUUGUGUAAUUUGCCACGGAAUCCCCUGAUGUACUUUCGUCAUCUGUACUAAUGAGAGCACCUAUAAACUGAACCCCGAGUGUGGUGCUUUUUGUCAUAUUGUCUAAAAGCUUCCACGCUUGCAUGCUGAGAAAUGUUUAAAUAAACCUGUCUUAUUUUCAUAUAAAUUCCAUUGUUGGUCAGAACAGUUGUGGUUUGAUUUGUUUUUUUUGAACCAUUACACUUUUAGAUGAGUUGAUUUUGUUUUAAUUGUCAGUAUUGCCAUCUAACCUAAAUAUAUUUCCUAAAUUUACUAGGGAUGCACAAUGAAAUCAGAACUAUUUUGGAAUUGACAGAUAAUUGCUUUAAAAAAUGAUCUGUAUCGUACAGAUGUUAAGAUUUUACUAAUAUUUGAAACUAACACUUUAUGUAUUUAUUGUACAUCACAAUAGCAGAGUGUUUAGGCAGCACUGGUCUACUGUGCAAAAACAUCUGUGUUCAGUUCACUUUACUGCAUUUGUAACCAUCCAGAAAUAACCUGUAAUGCUAAUCCGUGUAGAUGUAGUCCCAGCUUCUCCAUUUUAUAUAUAUUUAUGUAUCUGUAUCAGCAUUGGAAGAUAUGUACAUGAAAGAUAUCAGGUAUCAGCAGUUGCCCACGAUUUCCACUUCAGUGCAUCCGUAGUAUUUACAGUAUCAGUUAAGUGAUAUUAAGUCAUGCCCAUGAGGAAAAGAACUUUAAUGCUUCAAAAUGCUAUUUAUUUACAUAGAGUUGAAGAGGCUGUACAGAAGUGUGAAACUGAAAAAUACAUGUUUUAAUUUGAUAAUAUGCUGGAUAUAUGGUUAACAAAGCUUGUUAAUAGAAAAUAUAAUCGUGUUUAAGAACACACUACACACUACAGCUUGUUCUUUCUGAGUAUUUUCUGAGCUUAUAAUCAGAUUGUCAUUAAAUAAAGGUUUUUUUUUUUUUACCUUUUCUUUAAGUGGACUUUACAGUAUGAGUGACUGUGUAAAGCCUGAAAUAAUAAUUUAUUUUUAAGUGAUGUUAGGUUGGAGUUGUUCAGGCCCCAUCAUAUGUCUUUAUGUAUUAAUGUCACAUGCACAGGUUUUGAAAAGAAGGUUCAGAUAGAUGAUCGAUUAGGUCUCAAUGUAAAAUCAAGGGGCCGACCGGUUAUCUGCCCGGCUGAUCAUCGGAGCCGAUAUACGACAUUUUUUCCGAUUAUCGGAAUCGCCAUUUGAACUUGCUUCCUUGCCCGAUAAAAGCAACAUUUGUUAUAA